UGAAAAGACUUUCAUUAAUUUAAACGCAGAAAAAUAGAAAAAGGUUCAGAAGCCCAUAUGAUCUUCAGUUACAAAACAAGACCCAGUUAAUAAAAACAAAAUAUUGCCCAUAGUUAAGAAACCCAUUGCAGUUUAGCCCAAAACGGAUUUGGAAACGUUUGAUGAGAAAUAACGAGACGGAGAAUGGAGCAAUCAAGCGGAGACGAUGGUAGGAUCACAAGCAAGAAACCAUAAUUGGAGGAGCUGUGAACAAGUUGUUGGGUUGACUUCCCGGAGACUGUUGAUGCGGUCUUUAAUUUGACAAUCAACAAGACGGAGCAACACGUCAGGAGAUCGGAAAGUGUGUCGAUGAAGUCUAGAAUUUCUUUCAGCCCAAACCCAGUAGAUGAUCGCUUGCCAGGCUAGCAGGAGAAGACGACGCCGGAAUCUGUUACCAGAGAGUGUGUGCAUCUGACUUAGUGAGCGAUCCCAUGUCCUCAAAGGAUUCAAAGUGAAUCUUGUGGCCAUAGUUGACCAUAGUUCCCACGAGUAAGGGCAAUCAAAAUAGAGGUGAUCUCGACUCUCUGGAUGAAGACCACAGAGAAGACAGUUAGUAUCAGUUUGCAAACCCCAGGACUGGAGACGAUUGCGAGUUGGGCAGCGGUUCAGAACCACCAGCCACACCAUAAAACAAUGCUUAGGAAUGCCUCCUUUAAUCCACACUGCUUUAGUCCAAGAAGUCAUCAGCAGUAGAUAUUGUCAGGCCAGAGAGGAAAGCAAGAAUGCUUACUUGAUUUUCAGACCUUGCCGGUGGCAGAAGCCAGUGACCAUUGUCAUACAAGCUUGCGAUGGUUGCAUCUUGUCUUAUACCAAGCCUAGUUCUUCUACCUCCUGUCAUGAGUUCACAAAUCUUUCCUUCCGGGUACCAGUUAUCUGUCCAGAAUCUGCAGUCUCUGCCACUCUCAAUCUUAAGUUUAAUCCAGAAGUUGCUCAGAUUCCCUGACAGGAUUUCCGUCUUGAACCACGCCACCCAAACUGAACCCGAUUGAAAGAACAACAGCCAAAUAAGCUUCAACGUGCAAGCUCUGUUCCAG